UCCCUGAGUCGUCAGCAGCGGCAGCAGCACAGCGGCGGUCCUCCUCCCACGACCGCCAGCAGGGGGAGCUCUCCGUUCCCGGGAUCCCUCACACUGUGACCGGAAGCUCUGUACCCAGCAGUCCCCAGGGGCCACCGCAGAGACGGGCGCGGCAGCAGGAGCAGCAAGAUGGCGCUGACGGAAGUAGCUGGGUGACAGCGGGGAAGAUGGCGCUGCAGCCCUGCUCGGGACACAGGAGCCCGGAGUUGGCGGCCGGUGCCCUCACUCUCUCCCAGCGCUGUCUGCCGGCGGCUUUCUCCCAGACCCUGGCCGUGGUGAGCGCCUGCACCGCCCUGGCCGAUCCCAGCUGGCUGCUGGUGCAGAUGGAGGGCCGGGAGUACGUGUAUGGGCCGGCCUAUGUGCUGCACCGGGGCUUCAACCUCACCGAGACCGGUCCGUACUAUCUGCUCUAUGAGAAGGGUCUGUGUGUCCUGGUCCUGAUCCUGACCUGCUGCUACGCCAGUAUUGUAUUCGGCUUCUCUGCUUUCUUACUGGACUUCCUGGACACCCGCUUUUGGACGAUAAUGGGGAUGAAAGUGUCUCCUGCCCUGCACUUCAUCACCGUUUUGUCAUCGGGGGCAGCUGUUGCCCAGUGCUCCUACCUCUACGUUGUACUGUCCCAGGAAGUGCACUUCCAGAUCAUGCAGCCCCCUCCAAACUAUGUCUCCCUGGGAGAAAGUUUUUAUUUUGCCAUCUUUGCCUGCAUAGCAUCUAUUGUCGCCACCGGCCUGAGUUUAUAUUACCCUAGAAGGUACAGGAGGGAAUACCACACAGGAACGCCCACAUCACAGACUGAUGAGACCUCUCCACUUCUACAGGAUCCAGAGGCCUCUGAUUCCCCGGGAGAGUACGGGUGACCUGCCCUCUGGGUGUUCCUGCUUUACGGAUUGUGCAAUGGAGCGGAGGACCAAAUGUUAUUACUUUAAUCUGCACCGUUUAAUUUAUUUGGUUGUUUGUUAUGCAGUAUUAUUUUUAUCCUGUUUCUUUGAUGUGAAUUUAAUGGACAUCCGUAGGUCAAGCCCCUUGCGCUGUCUUGUUGCCCAGUUUUCACUCAGGAUGUUAAAUCCUUUUCUGCCUCAUCUGUACUUGUUAUCUUUAUGUGCACUUAUAUUUUAUAUGGUUUGUAAUUCUGACUGCCCAGCACUGCAGCGUUUUCCCGAAUAAAAAUUAUUCCCAACAAA